AAGAUGAGGAAGAAGUGGAGCUUGGAAGACUUCCGGCUUCUUUUUGCCUGUGUGCUCUGCCUCCUUUUUAUGGAGGGGAGUAAAACAGAACAAGGGAAAUAUCCAGAGACCUACUGUGUGUUUCAAGAUAAGAAGUACCGUGUAGGAGAGAGGUGGCAUCCGUACCUGGAACCCUACGGCAUCGUUUACUGUGUGAACUGUCUCUGCUCUGAGAAUGGAAAUGUGCUGUGCAACAGAAUACGAUGCCCGGCCCUCCACUGCCCUACCCCGGUUCAUGUGCCCCAGCUGUGCUGCCCACGCUGUCCAGAUGAUUCCCUCUUUUCCAUGGGCAGCAAGGUCACUGGGAAGUCGUGUGAAUACAACGGCACAACAUACCACCACGGAGAAAUGUUUGUGGCAGAUGGACUCUUUCAGAACAGACAAGCCAACCAGUGUGCCCAGUGCAGCUGCUCCGAAGGAAACGUCUAUUGCGGUCUGAAGACGUGUCCCAAGUUAACGUGCUCUUCUCCAGGGUCUGUGCCUGACUCCUGCUGCCCAGUUUGCAGAGGUGAUGGAGAAUUAUCGUGGGACAACUCUGAUGGCGACAUCUUCCGGCAGCCGGCAAACAGAGAAGCCAGACACUCCCCUCACCGCUCCCAUUAUGACCUGCCUCCCAGCAGCGCCAGGCAAGCCUUCCACAUCCCGCGAUUCGGUGGUGGCAGAAGCAACAGAGGAGCCCUCCCAGACCCGCAGCAGGCCUCCGGGACCAUCGUGCAGAUUGUCCUCAACAACAAGCAUAAGCACGGACGAGUGUGUGUCUCGAAUGGAAAAACCUAUUCCCACGGGGAAUCCUGGCACCCGAACCUCCGGUCCUACGGGAUUGUGGAAUGCGUCUUGUGCACUUGCAACGUGACCAAGCCAGAGUGCAAGAAAAUCAGUUGCCCAGAUCGAUAUCCCUGCAAGCAGCCAAGGAAGAUCGAAGGGAAGUGCUGUAAAGUCUGCACAGAAGAAACUGAAAAUCAGAACCUGGACCACAAAGAUUAUUUCUGCGGUGAAGAGACCCUUCCUGUCUACGAAGCCCUUUACACAGAGGACGGAGAAACCAUCCGAAAGAUAGCAGUGAAGACAGAGAAGCCGCCACAGGUAGAAAUCCACAUGUGGACGAUUAGGAAAGGAGUCCUAAGUCGUUUCGAUACAGAGAAAGUAUCCCAGAUGGAGUUUGAUGGACUUCCUCACUUCAAGCAGAUCACAAGGACCACUCUGAGUCAGUGGAAAAUAUUCAGCGAGGGAGAAGCCCAGAUCAGCCACAUGUGCAGAAGCAGAGUGUGCAGGACUGAACUGGAGGAUUUGGUCAAAGUUUUGUAUCUCGAGAAGUCUGAAAAGGACCACUGCUAAGAGCGCAUCGGAGCGGGGGACCCGAAGGAACC